GAUAUUUUGGCUCUAGCGAUCCAACUCUCCAUCUCCACACUUUCAUCUCUCUUGCCGCUUCACCUACCACCAGCAGAGAACCAAUGGAGUUCACGACCGAGCAACUGAGCCAAUACAACGGUACAGAUCCAUCGAAGCCCCUCUAUGUCGCGGUCAAGGGCCGUGUUUUCGAUGUCACUACAGGCAAGUCCUUCUAUGGUCCAGGCGGGCCCUACGCAAUGUUCGCUGGCAAGGACGCGAGCAGAGCACUCGCCAAAAUGAGCAAGAACGAGGAGGAUGUCUCUCCAUCUCUCGAUGGGCUUACGGAGAAGGAGAUCGGUGUCCUUAACGACUGGGAGAAGAAGUUCGAAGCCAAGUAUCCUGUUGUUGGCCGUACCGCUCUUUGAAGUACUUUUUACGCAACUUAAAGUAUUAUCGUCUGUUAAUAAUGGUGUUUUAAUGUUCUCUAGCUUCUGGGUAUUUGUAAAUGUGCUGAAAUGUCGUGACUUUGAUCUACAUUUUGAAAAUGUUGUGGUUUGUGUUGGUCUGUGUUUAAAUGAUUAAACUCGCCUCCACGGUCCACCCAAUAAGCCUGCCUUAUUGGGUGAAAUGGCAAUUCGACUCUGAAUUUUGGGAAUGUUUGACUUGAUCAAAUUGCUGGAUAAAUAAAUGUGGGUUGUGUUAUCUUAGA